UAUAUGGUUGAGCUUUCUUGUCUGUCUUAGUCUUAACAUUUAUUAUACAUGGAAAUCUUAGUUGCUAGGAUUCAUAUUUGACCUCAUUCUUCUGUAAUUUUUUUUUUUGCAGCAGCAUGAUGCUAAAGAUGUGUUUGUUGUUGAUAGCCUUCAUGGCCAUGGCUAGCUCAUCCAUUGCUACUACAAGCAAACAAUACAUAAUUCACAUGGACAGGACCAGGAUGGCAGCGCUAGGUAAUCAUUCUCUCAGCAGUUCCAAACAAUUUUAUCAAGCAAUGCUCAAUUCCAUCACCGAAUUGUCAUCCCAAACCGAUGCACAGGAACAAAAAAACAUACCUUCUAAGGUCCUUUAUGGGUAUGAAACUGUUUUUUCUGGUUUUGCGGCAAAACUCUCGACAAAACAACUUGAUUUAUUAAAACAAGUCGAUGCUUUUAUCUCUGCCACUCCUGAUGAAUUUCUAACUCUCCACACCACAUACUCCCCCAAGUUUCUUGGCCUAGAGAUUGGGAAAGGACUCUGGAAUCCUACAUACUUAGCAUCAGAUGUGAUAAUUGGGGUUAUAGAUACUGGAAUCUGGCCAGAACACGUCAGUUUUCAAGAUACAAGAAUGACUCCACCGCCUUCUAAAUGGAAAGGCGUUUGCGAAGCAGGUACCAACUUUUCACAAUCACUUUGCAACAACAAGCUCAUUGGUGCAAGAGCCUUCUUCGAAGGCUAUGAGUCCCUUUAUGGAAGAAUCGAUGAAACAUUGGAUUAUCGAUCUGCCCGAGAUUCACAAGGUCAUGGUACACACACGGCAUCAACUGCGGCUGGUAAUAUGGUAGCAAAUGCCAGUUUUCUUAGCUUAGCGAAUGGCUCUGCUGCUGGAAUGAGCUACACAUCAAGAAUUGCUGCUUACAAAGCCUGCUGGAUAACUGGGCUUUUUCGCUGUGUUUACUCUGAUUUACUAGCUGCAAUUGACAAAGCUGUUGCUGAUGGGGUUGAUGUGUUAUCAAUCUCUAUAGGAGACGCACAACCAAAGAAUUUUUAUGAGGACAGUAUAGCUAUAGCCUCAUUUGAAGCAACUCGAAAUGGGGUUUUUGUUUCAUGUUCAGCAGGCAAUUCGGGCCCGUUUAGUUCAACUGUUGACAAUACCGCACCAUGGAUUACUACAGUGGCCGCAAACUACAUUGAUCGAAGUUUCUUGGCUAUUGUCAAGCUUGGCAAUGGACAAUCUUUUCAAGGUUCAACGUUAUAUUUUGGUAAUGCAACAAAUCAACUGCCGCUUGUCUAUGGAAAAAGUGCAGGAGGCGAAGGAGCUGAAUAUUGUGUUGAGGGUUCACUCAACAAAACGCUUGUGAAAGGGAAGAUUGUUGUUUGCCAAAGAGGGCAAAAUAGCGGAACUGCAACAGGAGAGCAAGUAAAAUUAGCUGGAGGAGCUGGAAUGAUAUUACUAAAUAUUAUUAAUGAAGUUGAAGAAAUUGUGGCUGAACCCCACGUUCUGCCAGCUGCUGAAGUAGGACCCUCAUCAGCUGUAAACAUUACCAACUAUUUGAACUCCACAAAAGAUCCAACUGCUUCCGUUGCUUUCGAAGGAACAGUUUUUGGUAAACCUGCACCAGUGAUGGCUGCUUUCUCGUCACGAGGUCCAAGUCCCGUUGCACCGCAAGUGAUCAAACCAGAUGUGACUGCACCAGGGGUGGACAUAUUGGCUGCAUGGCCCUCGAAGACCAGCGCAAGUGAACUAUUCAACAUAAUUUCAGGUACUUCAAUGUCCUGUCCUCAUGUUAGUGGCCUGGCUGCCCUUCUCAAGUCAGCCCACAAAGAUUGGUCACCAGCCGCCAUUAAAUCAGCUCUAAUGACUACAGCAUAUACUCUAAACAACAAAGGGGCUCCAAUUUCUGAUGCUGGUUCAUACCACUCUGUGGCUACACCUUUUGCCUAUGGUUCAGGCCAUGUUGACCCAGAAAGGGCUUCUGAUCCAGGAAUAAUCUAUGAUUUAACCACUGAAGAUUAUCUAAACUUUUUAUGUAGUCUAAAUUACAGUUCUUCUCAGAUAUCUGUAUUUUCAAAGGGGAAUUUCACUUGUCCUAAAGCUGGAGCCUUUCAGCCAAGUGACUUGAAUUACCCUUCCUUUGCAGUGAAUUUCAAGGGAAAUGCCCCAAAUAUUACUGAGAUACACCAGAGGACAGUGACAAAUGUUGGUCGUCCUGAGUGUUCUUAUGCGGUUCAAGUUGAGCAGCCCAGUGGAGUAUUGAUGAGUGUGAAGCCUGAGACUUUAAGUUUUCAGAAGUUGGGGGAGAAAUUGAACUACAAGGUGACUUUUGUUUCCUUAAAACGACCAACAGCAACAUUGUUUAGUCCAUCUUUUGGAUCCUUAACUUGGGUUUAUGGUAAAUAUAGAGUAAGAAGCCCCAUAGCAGUAACUUGGAAGUAGUUUUUCUCGAUGGGUAAAGAAAGCAAAUAAUUGCUCAAAGGUGAAGGCUUUUUGCCAUGCUUAAAUUCAAUUGCAUCACUUGGGUCCUUUGCCCCAACUCGUUUUUCAAGUUGCUGCCAAAAUAUUCAUCUUACUCAAUGGUAAUAUUUUAUU